GCAACGCUGGGAGGCAGUAUAAUAUUUUGCCGCAGCUUUAACGUCAGUUGAUCGAUGGCAGCAUGGAGCUUCCUCGGUGUGUGGUAGCGAUGUAAACAAUCACUUUAUUGCUGUGUUCUGGUGAUAAUAAACAACAGCCCGGGCCGUCCUGCUAAAGGGAGAUUUGAUGGUGUCAGCAUGGCUUCCAGCUUCGCCCCCCCGAAACUGGCUGACUACAUCCUCACAGAGCGCCUGGGCAGUGGCACUUAUGCUACAGUCUACAAAGCCUACAGCAAGGGGGACAGCCGAGAGGUGGUGGCAGUGAAGGUGGUUGGGAAGAAGAGUCUGAACAAGGCGUCUAUGGAGAACUUGCUCACAGAGAUCGAAAUCCUCAAGGCUGUGCGUCACCCUCACAUCGUCCAGCUAAAGGACUUCCAGUGGGAUGCUGAGAACAUCUAUCUGAUCCUGGAGUGGUGCUCUGGUGGUGAUCUCUCCCGUUUCAUCCGCAGUCGCAGGAUCUUACCUGAGAGGGUGGCCAGACGCUUUCUGCAGCAGAUCGCCUGUGCCCUCCAGUUCCUUCAUGAGCGAAACAUUUCACACCUGGACCUGAAACCGCAGAAUAUUCUGCUCAGUGGCUCUGUCCUCAAACUAGCAGACUUUGGCUUUGCCCAGUAUAUGUCGCCAUGGGACGAGCAGAGCGUCCUGAGAGGCUCUCCUCUCUACAUGGCCCCUGAGAUGGUCUGUCGACGGCAGUAUGAUUCCAGGGUAGACCUUUGGUCUGUGGGAGUCAUUCUCUAUGAAGCUCUGUUUGGGCGAGCACCAUUUGCCUCAAGAUCGUACGCUGAACUGGAGGAGAAGAUCCGCAGCAACAAACCCAUUGAGCUCCCUCCAGGGGCCAGGGUAUCCAGGGACUGCAGGGACCUUCUGAUGCGGCUGCUGGAGAGAAAUCCAGAUGCCCGGCUCACCUUCACACAGUUCUUUUCCCACCCCUUUGUUGAUCUGGAGCACAUGCCGAGUGCAGAGAGCCUGGGGAAAGCGAAGGAGCUGGUCCUUCAGGCUGUUCAGAAGGACCAGGAGGGGCAGAGGCACGCCGCACUGUCCCUUUACUGCAGUGCCCUGGAGCACUUUGUCCCCGCCAUUCACUACGAGACAGACCGUCUACGCAAAGACGCCCUCAGGCAAAAGGUCAGUCAGUAUGUGUCCAGAGCCGAGGAGCUAAAAGCCCUGGUGGCCUCAGACAACAGACUGAGCUUUGAGGAGGCUCGGACCGCCAGGGACGUCCUGCGAGAAAUGUCUCGAGACCAGCCACGGCUGCUGGCUGCCCUGGAGCUGGCCUCUACUGCCAUAGCUAAGGAGGAGAGUGGAUUAGAUGAUAAUGAUGCACUGGAUUUGUAUCAGAAGUGCUUGGGAGAACUUCUGCUGGCGCUGGCAGCUGAGCCACAGGGCCGCAGGAGAGAGCUGCUCCAUAACGAGAUUAAAAGCCUCAUGACCAGAGCUGAAUACCUCAAAGAAAAUAUCAAGAUGCAGGAGACUCAGAAGGACGUGUCUCUGGAUCGAGAGCCUCUGUCAGAGUCUGUCAGGAGCUCCUGCUGUUUGCAGUGAGCCAGCCGGCCACCGUGGACGUCCAUGGAGCUUCUGACUGCCUGGGACUCUUCAAGUCGGGGUGCAGGACAGCUGCUGCCUGGAUCAACUGCUCGUCUGCUUAUCAGACCUUCAUCCCACCUCGCCCUAACCAACACAGUGCACUGUCAGGGUGGGAAAUUAAUGCCAGUUGCCACAUAAAUGCUGGUAAAGUUUGGUUGUGGCUGGACGGUUUGUCUCCCCUACCAGAGGCUUUGGCUAGUAGACAGCUUGUCUUGAUUCUGUCCUCAAAACCAGUUUCGCCGGUAAAAUAAUGAAAGUAGCCCUUGUGCUCUCUAUUGUGCUUAGUUGCUUGCCCUUUACACUGAAUCGGUCACCCUCCUCCUGACAAAACACUGAUACGGACAUGCUGGACAGUUUCUGUGACAUUGCACUGUCAUGGUAAACUGGUUAAAGUGGGACUAUGUGUUUUGUUCUAGUGGCGGAUGUUUUAAUCACCUCACACAUAGAUAAAAACUAUCUGCGAGUGGAAAGUUGCAAGUAUACUUGAAAUUAAAUGGGAACAGAGAUUUUUAGAGUUCUCAUGACAAUUUUGUACUGUAGUAUUAUGCACGGUAUUAUCUUGAAGCAUCUCCACACAUGCACACACACACCCACACACCCACACACUUUCUCUCUCUUCCCCAUUGCCUUUGCUGUGGGCAAACCACAGGCUCACCAUGCUCUCUCCACUGAUGGAGCCCUCUCCACCGCUACGAGGGAAAAACUGGAGAGGUGCGGCUUCUGCCUUAUUUACACUAGCCUUGCAUUUUCUUAGGUUUGGCACUGGACGGGAUUUGAGGCACACAGUCAGUAGUGGCGGUCAAGCAAGGCCUUCAUAAGUAGGCCUCUAUGAGACGUAAAAGUGCAGUAGUUGGUGGCAGGCCCACAACCCUCUCUGUUGUAGGUCGUCAUGGACUUGUUCGAUUUGAGACAGAGAAUGCAGAAAUGUACUACAGGGGAGUAGUAAGCAUUACUUUGGGAAUAUAAACUGUAGAAUCUACCUGAAAAGGGAACCAUAGGAGAAAAAUAUAGAUAUGUGUAUUGGCAUAAGGUUAUCACAAUGCUGUCAUGUUUCUUUAAUUUUCAGUUGAAUGUUUUAUACAGCUGUGGUUUUAUAAUCUAUUUAUUAAAUGAGAAAUGCAAUGGAAAAUAAAAGGCAAAUCUCCAAA